AUGUCCGUUAGAUCGCAAAUUACACAGCCAUUAAUAUUUAGAGAGAGAAAAAGCUCAUCUUAUUAUGUACCAACCACCGAAAACCUUCAAAUAUUAGAUAGCAGAAUUGACAGAGAAGAGAGAAAUAUUUCAUCUCAGAUAGACGUAUCAUCUCCACAACAUCCUAAAAACGACACUACUUUCGUUAUUCCUAGUGACAUCAACAAACAUUAUUCUAAACCACAUUCUUCGUCUUCAUCAAACCAUUCAACAAAAAGCCGUCACUUCUUCAACAUCGAUGAUAUACCGUCUGAUGCAUCUUCGUCAGUCAAUCAACAUUCAUAUAAAGAUCAGACUAAAUUACUUCCAUGUUUAAAUCAGGAUAAAUCUCAAAAUAAAUCUCGUUAUCAACCGAUUGAUAAAUUUAUUGACGAUCUUAUUGAAGGACAAGAAACCAUUAUAGAAGAUGCAAAUGCGAUAACUACCGCUAGGGUACUUCGUUGGGAGUAUGGAUCAAGGAAUCUACCAGUUAUUGAUCUGUUUAGGUUCGAUGGUUCACCUAAUAAAUGGCCAGAGUUUGUGGAAAACUUUAAAUCUACAGUACACCUGAAGGUUUCCUUUGACGAUAACACAAGGAUGGAGAGGUUGAUUAGUGUAUUGGACGAUGAGGCUAAGAAGACGGUGUUAUCGAUUGGUGCAAGUGGCAUAUUAUACGCAUCUGCAUUAAAAGCAUUGAAACGUGACUUCGGUAAUCCUGUUGUUGUAUCAUACUUUAAAAUAAAAAACGUUCUCGAUCUUCCUAAAAUACCACCUCGAGACAGAACAUCUCUCCGUCGAUAUCAGCAGCUUCUUAAUUCUAAUAAUACUUGGCUAAUCUCCAUGGGCUACAAAUCUGCUAUUAAUUCAACUGAUAAUUUAGCAAAGGCUGUAGCUAGAUUACCUCACCACUUUCGCAAUCAGUUUAACAAAUUUUCGAAAGGCAAAAUUGCGAAUCAGGAACAGAAUAAGAUUAAAAAUGGAAAGGAGUCGAAGAGAGAUGAGAAAAGAGUGAGAACAUUUGCAACAGGUGCAGGAAGUGAACGCAGUACAAAGUGUUGGAUUUGUUCAGAAAAUCAUUUUGUUUUUAAGUGCAGAGAAUUCGAAUCAAAACCGGUGGCAGAUCGUAGGAAGACCGCCAAACAAAAUGAAAAUGAAGAUACAAAGAAUGAACCUGAGGCAAGAAUCACCCGAUCUCUUACCACAACUGACACCUAUCUUCAAGUUAUCCCGGUUACCGUAACUCAUAACAACAAAUCAGUAACAACCAACGCUAUUUUAGAUAGUGGAUCAGAUAGCACCUUAAUUUGCGAAGAAACAGCGCGGAAACUCGGAUUAGAAGAAAUCAGAAUCGAAAAAGCAUGGGUUGUACCAGAUCUUAACACUCCUACUAAAAAACGAAACAUCACAGAUUUAAAAGAAAAAUAUGUUCAUUUAAAAGACAUCGAUAUACCAACCUUAAACGACGACAAAGUAACAGUUCUUAUUAAAAUCGAUACACCAUCACUUCAUAUUCAACACGAUUAUCGAGUAGGAAAACACCACGAACCAGUAGCUGUUAAAACGCAACUUGGUUGGAUCCUAUUAGGUGGGAAAAAUAAAAACAUAUUUACCAAUAUUAAUCGAUUAGAAACUGAUACGGAUGAUCUCACUAAAGCAGUAGAAAGAUUUUGGGAAAUCGAGUCAUAUGGAACAAAGCCUCCACUCCAUCCAGACCUACUAACGAAAGACGAAAAACAUGCGUUACACAUACUUAAGUCGACCACGAAAAUGAAAGACGGUCAUUUUGAAGUAGGUUUAUUGUGGAAAGAUGAGAAACCAAAAUUACCAUACAACAGGGAAUUAGCAGCCCAACGUCUGAAAUCUAACAAAAGAAAAUUGAGCAAGCAACCAAUUUUAGCAGAAAAUUACAGGUUACAGGUCAAGGAAUAUAUCGCUCUUGGACAUGCAAGAAAGCUUUCAGACUUUGAGAAAACCAAACAUCCCAUAUCACCAACUACAUACCACAUCAUGGUCAAAGUAUCAAGGAUAGAACAAGAUGCUCUUCGUUUCGUUUGGCGAGAAAACACUAGCGACAACAUUGAUGACUUUGCCAUGCAAGUACAUUUAUUUGGUAAGGUAGGCUCACCUUGUUGCGCGAAUUACGCUCUUCGACAAACUAGUGUCGACCACGAUAGCGAAAUCGUAGACGCUAUCACGAAAAGGUUUUACAUGGAUGAUUAUCUGGACUCCAUGAAAACGGUAGACGAAGCCGUAUCGAUUGCAAAAACCGUGACAGAAGCAUUGAAAAGGUGUGGCUUUCGUUUAACAAAAUGGCUUUCAAAUUUUUGUGAAAUUCUUAAGUGUUUUCCAAAUACCGAAACCGUAAUCAACGUCGAUCUAGAUCUAAACAAAUUACCAACUGAAAGAGUACUUGGUAUGUUAUGGAAUCCAUAUACUGACUAUUUCACAUUCAAAGUUGUCAACAAGCCAUCACCUGAAACUAAAAGAGAUAUAUUAAGUUUAACAAGUUCAAUAUUUGACCCACUUGGCAUCUUAACACCAUUCAUUCAAGUUGAUUCAACUACAUAUUUUUUCCGACGCUUCAAUCAAUGCAUAUGGUGCUGUCGCAUAUCUACGUAUUCAAGAUACGCAUACCGUCAAUGUAACAUUCGUGAUGGGAAAAUCCAGAGUCGCCCCUUGAAUCCGAAAUCUCUCACAAUACCAAAAUUAGAAUUACAAGCUGCUGUCUUGGCUACAAGAAUGAGAGAAUCAAUAGUGAGUAGUCUUUCCAUGGACCUCAGUACUAAAUUUUGGACAGAUUCACAAAUAGUUUUGAAAUAUAUCUCGAAUGAAAACCGAAAAUUUCCAGUAUUCGUUACGAAUCGCAUCAAUGAAAUUCGUGCUACGACUGACGUCAAUUCGUGGCGUUUUGUGCCAGGAACUCUGAACCCAGCAGACAAUGCUACAAGAUAUGUACCACUAUCAUCGACCGAGAAUUCCAGAUGGUUAACCGGUCCAUCGUUUUUAAUCGAAGAAGAAUGCAAUUGGCCAGACCAAAACCAAAAUGUCAUUCAAAGUGAAGAAGACGCAGAUAUUACCAACUUUCAGUCAACUAGUAAUGCAAUACCAGAGAAAACAUCCUUUAUCAAAUGGGAAAGUUAUUCCGAUUGGCAAAAACUCUGUCGCCACAUUGCGUGGAUUAUCAAAUUAAAACGAAAUUGGUUGUUAUUAAAAAAGGGAGGAUCUGAACGUGAAAAAUUUGAUUACCUGAUCGUUGAUGAAAUUGAAGCAACAAAGUUAAAGUUGUAUAGCAUCUCACAAAUAGAAUCCUACCCAUCAGAAUUUGAAAACCUACAAUCACACAAAGAACUACCAAAAAGAUCACCACUUGCAGCUUUGAGACCAAUGAUGCAGAACAAUUUGAUUCGUGUUGGAGGAAGAAUUGGUUUAAUCGAUAUACCAUUUGAGUCGAAGCACCAAGUGAUAAUCUCACCGAAAGACCACAUUGCACGACUCAUAAUUCAACACAUUCAUCAUACAAACUUCCAUGUUGGACAAAACGCCACACUAGCAGUAUCAAGACAAAAUAUUUGGAUUCCGACUGGAAAAUCCUUUGUGAAGAAUUUGAAAAAUGCAUGUGAACCACCAUUUAAUCGAUCAGGAGUAGAUUUCUUUGGUCCAAUGAUUCUCAAGAGAAGUAAGAGGACAAGAGCUUCAUCUGGAAUCGUGAAAAGGUAUGGAGUAUUGUUUACCUGCAUGACGUCACGUGCCGUUCAUAUUGAGCUAGCUGGAGAUUUAUCGACAGAUAGUUUCAUUCUUGCACUUCGACGUUUUAUCUCAAGAAGAGGAAACCCCAAAACAAUCACCAGCGACAACGGAACCAACUUCGUCGGCCCAGAUCGUGAACUAAGAGAGCUGGUAACGAAUCUGAAUGAGACAAAACUUCAAAAAGAGUUAACAAAGAAUAGUAUCGAAUGGAAGUUCAACCCACCAUUUUCACCAUGGAUGAAUGGAGCGAUGGAAUCUAUGGUAAAAAUCACUAAACGAGUGUUGAAAGCGAUAGUUCGUGAUCGCGUUUUGACCGAAGAAGAGUUACACCUCAACGAUCGUAAAAGAUGGAGAGCCGUACAGGCUGCUUCAAAUAUGUUUUGGAAUAGAUGGAGAAAGGAAUACCUGCCUUCUUUGACAACACGUGCUAAAUGGAAUACAAACGACGACCAAAUUAAGGAAGGAGAUCUCGUGAUAGUUAGAGACCAGAACGUCUUGAAAAAUCAUUGGCCGCUGGGACGCAUUGCGAAAAUCUUUCCUGGCAGCGAUGGCAUUAACAGGGUUGCAGAAGUGAAAACUGCUGAUGGAAAUUACAUUCGUCCCAUCCGAUCACUUGCGUUACUGGAACGCAGUGCUAAAUGA